GGGGCGGGCUGCUAGCUACCUCUGUGAUUCUGCCCCGGACCACCCAGGGAGUGAAGGAGGGCUCUGGAAGAGCCUGACAGACACCACGCCCUGGCCUGGCCAGGUGUGUGCCCUCGGUGUGGCGAGAGGGGAGCCCUGCGGCUGUGGCCUGAGUCAGGUAGAAGAGUCGAUAAAACCACCUGAUCAAGGAAAAGGAAGGCACAGCGAGCGCAGAGUGAGAACUCCAGCGCGAGGCGCCGGGCAGCGACCCUGCAGCGCAGACGGCGCCCGGCCCGGCCAUGCCCACGCUCUGGCUCAGCGGCUGCCUCUGCUUCUCGCUCCUGCUGUUUGCAGCCCAGGCCACUUUCAGGAGCGAAGUCUGUGACUGCAAUGGGAAGUCCAAGCAAUGCAUCUUUGAUUGGGAACUUCACACACAGACAGGAAAUGGACUCCGCUGCCUCAACUGCAUUGACAACACUGAGGGCGUCCGCUGCGAGAGGUGCAAGGAGGGCUUCUACCGGCAGAGAGAGAGAGACCGCUGUUUGCCCUGCAACUGUAACCCCAAAGGUUCUCUUAGCCCUCGAUGUGACAGCUCUGGUCAGUGCAAGUGUAAACCAGGUGUGACAGGAGACCGGUGUGACCGAUGCCAGCCCGGCUUCCACACCCUCACCGAUGCCGGGUGCUCCCACGACCAAAGGCUACCGGACACCAGAUGUGACUGUGACCCAGCUGGCAUCGCAGGGCCCUGUGACUCAGGCCGCUGUGUCUGCAAGUCCGCUGUCACUGGAGAACGCUGCGAUAGGUGUCGACCAGGUUACUAUCAUCUGGAUAGGAGAAACCCUGAGGGUUGCACCCAGUGCUUUUGUUAUGGGCAUUCAGCCAGCUGCCAAAGCUCCGGGGACUACAGUGUCCACAGAAUCACCUCUACCUUCCAUCAAGAUGUUGAUGGCUGGAAAGCUGUCCAGCGGAAUGGGUCCCCUGCAAAGCUCCAGUGGUCACACCGUCAUCGUGACGUGUUUAGCUCAGCACGGCGAUCAGACCCUGUCUACUUUGUGGCUCCUGCCAAGUUUCUUGGGAAUCAACAGGUGAGCUACGGGCAAAGCCUGUCAUUUGACUACCGUGUGGACAGGGGAGGCAGACACCCAUCUUCCCACGACGUGAUCUUGGAAGGUGCUGGUCUGCGGAUCGCAGCUCCCUUGAUGCCGCUGGGCAAGACGCUACCUUGUGGGGUCAGCAAGACUUACACGUUCAGAUUAAAUGAACACCCAAGCAGUAACUGGAGCCCCCAGCUGAGUUAUUUUGAGUUUCGGAGGUUACUGCGGAACCUCACGGCCCUGAGGAUCCGAGCUACCUAUGGAGAAUACAGUACUGGGUACCUUGACAACGUGACUCUGAUUUCAGCCCGCCCUGUCUCCGGAGCCCCGGCACCCUGGGUUGAACAAUGUGUGUGUCCCGUUGAGUACAAGGGGCAGUUCUGCCAGGAUUGUGCUUCUGGCUACAAAAGAGAUUCAGCCAGGCUGGGACCUUUUGGCACCUGUGUUCCAUGUAACUGCCAAGGGGGAGGGGCCUGCGAUCCAGACACAGGAGACUGCUAUUCGGGGGAUGAGAAUCCUGACAUAGAGUGUGCCGACUGCCCCAUCGGCUUCUACAACGACCCCCACGACCCCCGCAGCUGCAAGCCGUGCCCCUGUCGCAAUGGAUUUAGCUGCUCCGUGAUGCCUGAGACGGAGGAGGUGGUGUGCAACAACUGUCCCCCUGGGGUUACUGGUGCCCGCUGCGAGCUCUGUGCUGAUGGCUAUUUUGGGGACCCCUUUGGGGAGCGGGGCCCAGUGAGGUCUUGUCAGCCUUGUCAAUGCAACAACAACGUGGACCCCAGUGUCUCCGGGAACUGUGACCGCCUGACUGGCAGGUGUCUGAAGUGCAUCCACAACACAGCAGGCGUCCACUGUGAGCAGUGCAAAGCAGGCUACUUUGGGGAUCCCUUGGCUCCUAACCCAGCGGACAAGUGUCGAGCUUGCAACUGCAACCCAGUGGGCUCGGACUCUGUGGAGUGUCGAAGUGAUGGCAGCUGUGUUUGCAAGCCAGGAUAUGGCGGCCUCCACUGUGAGCAUGCAGGGUUAACCAACUGUCCAGCUUGCUAUGACCAAGUGAAGACCCAGAUGGAUCAAUUUAAGCAGCAGCUUCAGAGCCUAGAGACCCUGGUUUCGAACGCUCAGGGAGAUGGUGGAUCAGUGCCCAACACUGAGCUGGAAGGCAGGAUGCAGCAGGCUGAGCAGGCCCUCCGGGACAUUCUUCUAGAAGCUCAGAUUUCAGAAGGCGCUGUCAGAGCUCUCAAUCUCCAGUUGGCCAAAGUAAGGACCCAAGAGAAUAGCUACCGGAGCCGCCUGGAUGACCUCAAGAUGGCUGCGGAAAGAGUUCGGGCCCUGGGCAAUCAAUACCAGAACCAAGUUCAGGACACUCGCAGGCUCAUCACUCAGAUGCACCUGAGCCUCGAAGAAAACAAAGCUUCCCUGCAAAACACUAACAUUCCUCCUUCAGAGCACUAUGUGGGGCCAAAUGGCUUUAAAAGUCUGGCUCAGGAAGCCACAAGAUUGGCAGACAGCCAUGUUCAGUCGGCCAGUAACGUGGAGCAGCUGGCAAGGGAAACGGAGGACUAUUCCAAACAGGCCCUGGCACUGGCACGCAAGGCUCUGAGCGAGGGAGGCGGAAGCGGCGGCCUGGAGGGCUCCGUAGUGCAAGGACUUGUGGGAAAAUUGGAGAAAACCAAGUCCCUGGCCCAGCAGUUGUCCAGGGAGGCCACUCAAGCUGACAAUGAAGCAGAUCGGUCUUAUCAGCAGAGUCUCCACCUUCUCAACGCUGUGUCUCAGCUGCAGGGAGUGAGUGACCAGUCUUUCCAGGUAGACAUGAAGAGGAUCAGACAAAAAGCUGAUUCUCUCUCAAGUCUGGCAGCUAGGCAUAUGGAUGAGUUCAAACGUGUGCAAAGCAAUCUGGGGAACUGGGGAGAAGAAAUCCAGCAGCUCUUACAGAAUGGAAAGAAUGAGAAACAGAAAUCAGAUCAGUUGCUUUCUCGUGCCAACCUUGCUAAAAGCAGAGCCCAAGAAGCACUAAGUAUGGGCAAUGCCACUUUUUAUGAAGUUGAAAACAUCUUAAAGAAUCUCAGAGAAUUUGACCUGCAGGUUGAAGACAGAAAAGCAGAAGCUGAAGAGGCCAUGAAGAGACUCUCCUACAUCAGCCAGAGAGUUGCAGAUGCCAGUGACAAGACCAAGCAAGCGGAAACUGCCCUGGGCAGUGCUACUGCUGAUGCCCGGAAGGCAAAGAACGCAGCUAAGGAGGCCCUGGAGAUCACAGGCAAGAUAGAACAGGAGAUAGGGAGUCUGAACUUGGAAGCCAAUGCGACAGCAGAUGGAGCCUUGGCCAUGGAGAAGGGACUGGCUACUCUGAGGAGCGACAUGAGGGAAGUGGAAGGAGAGCUGGCAAGGAAGGAGCAGGAGUUUGACCUGGAUAUGGACGCGGUACAGAUGGUAAUAACAGAAGCCCAAAGAGUUGAUAACAGAGCCAAGAAUGCUGGAGUAACAAUCCAGGACACACUCAAUGCACUGGACAGCAUCCUACACCUGAUGGAUCAGCCUGGCAGUGUGGAUGAACAGGGGCUGAUCCUGUUGGAACAGAAGCUUUCCCGUGCCAAAGCCCAGAUCAACAGUCAACUGCGGCCCUUAAUGUCAGAGCUGGAAGAGCGAGCACGUCGGCAGAGGGAUCACCUCCAUUUGCUAGAGACGAACAUAGAUGGGAUCCUGGCCGAUGUGAAAAAUCUAGAGAACAUUAGGGACAACCUGCCCCCCGGCUGUUACAACACCCAGGUUCUUGAGCAGCAUUGAAGCUGUCAUGGCAACGUCUCAAUGGAGGCUCUUGGGAUACAGACCUCAGGACUCAGAAGCCAUCUCACGUGGGUGGUGUGGGAUGGGACAUGCUCAGGUCAGUGGAAGCUGAUCCCUUCCCUGAAACCCCAGCCAGAUAAAAGUCUUAUUGCGUCAGUGUGAUGCUUUUUGCUUCCUGGUGCUGGGCAGUGAGGCAGAUAGCAUUGAGUGUGAAACUGGUCAAAGGUCAGGAUCCCAAAGGGUAGAUUGGAUGGAAGGACAAACUGCACAGCAUAUGUUUGCCUCAGAAUAGUCAGAAACUAAGUCCUGGAGUAUGGACAAGUGCUGCUAGGCUAGUCAGCUUAUUCUUUGAGAAAUGUGACCAAAGGAAAGUUUUUGACUUUAUUCAGACAUGAAUUUCUUCCUAAUGUCAGAACAGAGUAAGGUCCAGCCUUACCAUGGCCAGUAAAAUACUAUUGCCUCGAAGUGUCCCUUGUAAGCUUCUUGCUGACCAGGUCCCCCCCACUUACCAACCUGUUAAUAAACACAUACUCUCCUUUCAAGCUGGAAGAAGUGAGUGUGAUGGAGAGAGGAACUGUGAGGCUGGCCCAUUGGAACAGAGGUGCCUGCUGGUGUCCUGCCAUCUUCCAGUCCUUCUGGACCGGGGAGUGACAGCCUUACUCUUGAUGAUGCCGAGACAAUUUAGAGACUAUAUUUUUUAUUAAAGCAUUGCCAAGUAGCAAACAAAUCUUGGGAACAUACUUACUUUUGGCUUUCAAACUGUUAGAAAAAAAGGUAGCCUGGGCAUUGAAAGAGGUGCAAUUAUCUAGAAGAUUUAGUAGUCCUAAUUCAGUCACACUUUUCAAAUACCAAGAUUAUAUGUAUCCAUCUCUUUCUCUCUCUCUCUCCUUUUAGUGUUUCUUGCUCGCUCUCUCCUCUCUCUCUCUCUCUCUCUCUCUCUCACACACACACACACACACACACACAUACACACACACAUUCUCUUCCUAUAACAGAGAAUGUCUCUACUCCCACUUGGGUAGAAUUCAUCCGUCCUUCCACUCCAUCCAUCCAUCCAUCCUUCCAACAUAUUUAUUGAGUACCUACUGUGUGCCAGGGGGCUGGGGUACAGUGGUGACAUAGUUUCUGCCCUCAUAGAGUUGAUUGUCUAGUGAGGAUGACAAAUAUUAAAAGAAAUAAAUUUAAAUUUACAAAUUUUGUUCAUCCCUAGUGCUGUUUAUUUUAGUAAGCCCCUGGUUUGCCACCUUUUUGCUCAACAGAACAUAUGUUGCAAGACACUCCCAUGGGGGCACUUGGGUUCUGGCAAAGCUGAGAUGGUGCAGGGCUGUGCACACUUCUGUGCAUUCCAACUGUCACUCCACCCUUUCCCACAAGUGAUUGCAACAGACUGUUGAGUCACAGUAACACCAGUGAGAAUUUCUGGAAAAACCAGAGGUGCUUCUACCUCGGCUCAGAAGACUUUGGUGCUGCCUCACCUCUGUAUUUCCUUGGCUUUUCACAGGCAUGAUUCAAAAUAAAGAACAGUUCCUAGAUGCCGAUGGUCAGUUUCUAAUUUAUUAAACUCUAAAUAUAAAAUGGAGGUACCAAAGCAAUGGAAACUAAAAUGCCACAGAAGGAACAGUGAAUCCCACAAUUAGCAUUUUGAUUCCUAUUCUGAGCCUCUUGUGUUACCCUCGCGAACCAUGAGAGCACUUUAAGAGAUUUAACUGGUGCCAUCUCCUAAGCAUGAAGAAGGAUUUACUUCUGGAACAACUCAUACAGGGUGAGGGUU